AACCAAGGAGAUUGGAAGAGCAGAGAGCGGCGAGGCAGGCAGGGCAGUCCAAUUUGGGAACAUAUGCUGCUGGAAGACAGAGCCAGAACACUAUUCAAAGCACAUUUGAAGAAAGCAAAAGUUUCUUCUUCACAAAGUAUAUGCAUGUAUGUAGAACCUACAACUAGCAACCAGUGAGAGACGGUGGAACUGCAGCGAAACAACGUGGUUUUAUAUAUAUAUAUAUAUAAAAAAAAUAUAUAUAUAUAUAUAUUUUUUUUUUUCUUGUAAACAGAUCGUGUUGUGCUUAGAUGUUUGUUGUUUAUUGCAACAAUCACCAUACCAGGGAGUUUAAAGGCCAAGAAGAUAUCUUACUAUAAAAAGAAAAAAAGUUGUGAAACACGCAUCAUCCUGCUUUACAAUAAACCUAGAAGAUAGACACACACUACAUGUUUUUAUAAAUACAGGAUAAAGGAGAAGAGUCUGCACAGUCAUCUCAGAGGAAACAUACACACACACUGACAGUUCAAAACAGACCCAUAAAUUAAGUGAACAAAGCACAAAGCAUCAACAAAGUUCUUCCCAAGUCUCAAACAAUGUCUCGCUGGGGGCGGAAAAACGUCAAAAAGGCUCCUGAAGUGAUCAGGACAGUCACGGAGGGCCUGAAGUCACUCUAUCGAAAGAAGCUUCUUCCUAUUGAGGAGUACUAUGGCUUCCAUGACUUCCACUCACCAAGCCUAGAGGAAGCUGAUUUUGACAACAAACCUAUGGUGCUAGUGGUUGGUCAAUAUUCCACAGGAAAGACCACCUUCAUCAAGUAUCUGCUGGAGCAGGAUAUCCCUGGAAGUCGUGUGGGGCCAGAGCCCACAACAGAUAGCUUCACUGCUAUCAUGCACGGUGAAGUGGAGGGGCUUAUUCCUGGAAAUGCUCUCAUAGUGGACCCAAACAAACCUUUCCGCAAACUGAACCCCUUUGGGAACACCUUCCUCAACAGAUUCCAGUGUGCGCAGCUGCCCAACCAGGUUCUGGAGAGCAUCAGUAUUAUUGACACCCCUGGCAUCCUAUCAGGAGCUAAGCAGAGAGUGAGCCGAGGUGAGACCAGCACUAAAGGCUAUGAUUUUCCAGCUGUCCUGCGCUGGUUUGCCGAGCGAGUGGACCGGAUCAUCCUCCUGUUUGAUGCCCACAAGCUGGAGAUUUCCGAUGAGUUUUCGGAGGCCAUAGGAGCUCUGAGGGGCAAUGAGGACAAACUGCGUGUGGUGCUGAACAAGGCCGACAUGGUCGGCACGCAGCAGCUGAUGCGCGUGUAUGGUGCUCUCAUGUGGUCACUGGGCAAAGUGUUCGGCACACCUGAGGUUCUGAGAGUUUACAUCGGGUCUUUCUGGUCCGAGCCACUCAUGGUUCCGGACAACCGGAGGCUGUUUGAACUGGAAGAGGAGGACCUGUUUGCUGACAUCCAGAACUUGCCGCGAAACGCAGCCCUCCGUAAGCUUAAUGAUCUGGUGAAGAGAGCCCGUCUUGUCAGGGUUCAUGCACACAUCAUCAGCUAUCUGAAGCAGGAGAUGCCUUCUGUCUUCAGGAAGGACAAUAAAAAGAAGAACCUGAUCUAUCAGCUGCCAGUCAUCUUCUCCAAGAUCCAGCUGCAGCACCAUAUUUCCCCCGGGGAUUUCCCAGACUGUGCUAAGAUGCAGGAACUUCUUGCAGUUCAUGAUUUCACCAAAUUCAAACCCCUGAAACCCAACAUGAUGGCCAUGUUGGACGAGCUGCUGUCCACUGACAUCGCCAAGCUCAUGCCCCUCCUCAAGCAGGAGGAGAUGGAUGCAGGGUUCCAGCUUGGAGUCCAGGGUGGGGCUUUCCUGGGCACCCGGGCAGGACCCUUCGUGGAGGGCGAUCCUUUUGGGGAGAAAGGAGAGGAGGAUGGUGAAGAGGCCGAGGCAGAAGAGGACUGGAUCGUGACUAAAGACAAGCCCAAGUACGAUGAGAUCUUCUACAACCUGGCACCCAACGAAGGCAAGUUGAGUGGCACCAAGGCCAAAGGCUGGAUGGUGAGCACGCGCCUGCCCAACUCGGUGCUCGGACGCAUCUGGAAACUAUCCGACGUGGACCGCGAUGGCAUGCUGGAUGACGAGGAGUUUGCUCUGGCCAGCCACCUGAUCGAGGUGAAGCUGGAGGGGCACGGUCUGCCUCCUGAGCUGCCUGCUCGCUUGGUGCCUCCGUCCAAACGCAGGCAUAAAGGAUCUGAUGCCUAGACAGCACUAGCUGCCUAUAAGGCCUGCUAGAAGGCCUUUUCGUCUUUAUGCAUAUCCACUAAGAUGGGAAGAACUACCUAACAUAUACUGAAACCAAAAGACUCUCCUCUAAGGUAGAUUAUUGAUUCUAAUCUCUCCCUUUUGCAUGUGAUCAGCCAAUAUCACAGAGCAGCUCUGAGCAGACCCAUCACUUUCUUGGGAAACUCAGUUAUUGAGUGAAAAUAAGAUUAGUCCAUUCAAGGUGGUUACAGAAUAGAGUCAUUGUCUGUUCUGUUACUAUUGCUUGGAACUUUCUUAAUUAACUCCUAACUCACCUCCGAUUGCCGCAGGUUACUUUAUGUGAGAGAUGUAUGCAUAAAGAACGUGAUAUAAACAACUCCAAGCCUUUUCUGUACCAACCGUCGUUUUAUUCCUUCUGCUUCCGUUUAUCACCCAAGAAUGCAUCAAGAACAGCGACAAGCCUGCACUUUGCUGAUCUGAAGUUUUGACUGGUGAAUGCUUCUGAAUAUAUGUGUAUUUGGACAGGAAAGAAUAAAAUCAUAAGAAAUAAUUUACUUCACAGGAGGCACAGGCAGAGUAAGCUUUGCUGUCUGAAUGUAGACCUGCAGAUAUGCACUAAGAGAGGAGACAUGUCUAGGUGCGUCCCCCUUUCAGAACUGUAGCUCCCACCUCACUGUAGCCCUGCAUCUCCACCUGCUUUCUCUCGUGUGUCUCUCUUGCCAAAUAUCACUAUAUCUUUGAUUGUGAAAUGAAAAUGAUAUACAAAGACCAAUUUGAUUAAGCAAGCACCAAUUUUAGAUUAGAAAAUGGAUAGCUAGAAUGUGCACACAUGCAGUACCAGUCAACCAGAGGUAUCUUGGAAUUUACAUUUUUAUUCAUUUUAUAUAUUUUGUUGUUAUUUUGGUAUUGACUCAGCUCUCUAUAUACUAUGAAUGAAUGUUUUAGCUAUGUAAAUUUAAAAUUAAUGUCAUGCAUAUUGAACAAAAUGAUCUCACUGACUACUGUACACAGCUUUACCAACUGCUUUAAUGUUAAACAUUUUUAUAAUCCCAAAUAAAAUGUACUGACAAGA